GGCCACUUCGCUUCCGAGUGGAAAGUGCAACAUUGCAGAGCGGCGACUCCCAUUGGCUGUUGCAACACCGGCCCGGGACUUUUAAACCAGCCCAGAGCCAGCGCUCGACAGUUAAGGAGAGGUUGGAUUGUAUUGCUAGUGAAUCGGUUCUGUAGUCCCGGAGAUAGGGCGGAGAGGAUCACAGGCGACAGACCAUCCAGUGGAAAUCUUGAUCUGUGUUCGGGAUCACAUCUGUAUCAGAGCAAGAACGAUGUCCUUUGAUCAUCUAAACUGCCAACCAAGCACAAUCGAAUUUCCCCCCAGGGUCCUGAGUUCCUGCCAGCAGAGAGUGUUACAGUUGGUAAGGAGAUUUCGGGAGGAAUGGUGCCUAUUAAGAGAGCGAGAGAGGAGGACGGUGUGCAGUGCUGACCACAUGUUCCUGGUUCUACAGCUUGCCGUGGCUGAGGUGAACAAGGAGUCCGAUGGUGAAUUCACCGUAGUGUUGAGCGAGCUGAUCCUGAUGUGGAAGUAUUUACUUCAGAAGAAACUGGAGUUGCUAAGUGAUCCUGAAAAGGUCCCUGAAGGAUUUGAAAGAGUGCAUGAAAGGUAUCAUUCCUUCCUGAGCAGAGGUAAUACAGUGGAUCUGAUUGACGUGUACAAGGUCUGUGCUGACCUGGAAGCUGAAGAAGAGUCAGAGGAGAUGCUCUCUAAGGUGGAACUACUAGACUUCCUAAUGGGAUCUUCAUCAGAUGCAGCACCACAAGUACCCACUUCUCCACCCUGUGAGCAAAGUCAGUCCACUUCUAAGCUGGUGCCUCUCUGGAGGAAGCUUCUCUGUGAUUAUUUGCACUUGUUGGUGAAUUCCAGGAGCGACCUGGCAUUGGCGUGUGUUUUCAAUGUCCCUGAGCGGGCACUUGGUUGUGACGCUUUCACUCACCUCAAGCACACAGCAUGCAGAAAGCAGAUGUCCUUAUACCAGACAGCAGCAUCCUUUAUUAGAAGCCUGGAGCUUGGAGGGAAGAGCUACGCUCCUUCAGUAGAUGAUCCAUUGAUGCAGUACGUCAAGGGACUGAUGGAUUUGGUGCACUUCGUGGACAAGCUGCAAGAGAUAAUGGGAGAGACUUCUGACCCCAGUAUUGCAGGGGGUCAGAUAUUAUCCACCAUCACAAGACGCCUGUUGAGGGGACAAAGCAGUGAGAGUUCACUCUAUCUUGCCGGUGAGGAGGUGCGACAGGAACUAACAAUGAGGAUUACCAACGCCGUCAACAGACUGGACGACGCUGCAGGGGGAAGAACGACAAACAUCAGCCCUGCACAACCCAAGGUUUAUGCCAUCAACCAUGCCACGGCGUACGGUGGGAGAAGGACUGUCAAGGCCUUCCUUGCCGUGUUGGAUGAAGAAGCAGCCAGACCUCCGAGCAGAGGCAAGGCAGAGUUGCUCGGUGGUUCCGAGGAGAACAUUAACCCUCUCGGCAUACCAUGUCUGCUGUCACUCUUCAGGUCCCCAAAGCAAUCGAGUGGCUCAUCUCCUAAGGCCUUGCGUCACCGCGUCAGGAGGCGGCACCAGGAAGAAAAUCCCACUAAGGUGAAGCUCACAGUGAGCAAGUCUCAGUUUUCUUGCACCUACAAGGAUGAGGUCACAGUACUGCAUCAGCAGAGUCUGGGCCAGGCUCCGACCUGUGUCCAUCCAGCUCCAAGGCCCCUCCCAAGCAUCUCGUGUGGCAACACACUACCUGACGGGAAGCCAAAACCCACAACAAAGCCAACAGACAGAGCAAAUCUUGGGAAAGCUGGGACUGAGAAGGCCGGGAAUCAGGAAGGCAGCCGGAAAGAGAUGAAGCGGAAACGGCUGGAGCUGGACUCUGGUGAUGAGAAUAAGCCACCAGGUUGUACGGACGUGAAAUCAGUCAACCUGGAGGGGCAACGGUGCAAGCAACCACAAAGAGGUUUGAAGGACAACAAAACUAAGAACAAGCUAAUCCCUGGACAAUUGAAGCUCACCAGCUUCUUCAGAGUUUAAUAUGUUUUUUCUUCUAUUAUAUUUUAAAUGUUAAGUCCAUUAAUGCUACUCCAUCGGUUUGUUUGACUUUAUUUUCAAUGUGCUCUGAGUGUAAUGUUACAACUAUCAAUGCAUUUAAUGGUUACUGUAAUGGUUACUGGCUGUCACACACAAUUUCACAUUAAAACUUUAACUGUUUAAGUCAAGGAGCACAGAUGAAUGACGAUGGCCACUUGGAGCGAAGCAAGAAUGAAAGUUGUGUUGAGUUUCCCUGCGUGCCAUUAACGUGGUGGUCAGUUUUGCCAGCAAGGUCGGUACACACGUCCCAGCAUACAGCGGAGAACUGAAAGACACAAGAAAUAUAAUAUUGAUUACUGCAUACAAAAUGCUGGCGGAACUCUGCAGGCCAGGCAGCGUCCUGGAUUUUCAGCAACUGCAGAAUCUCUUAUGUUUUUAAUGUUAUUGAGUUCCUGCAUAACUUUAAAUUAUAGCUUCAUCUCUCAUUUAUGAUUAUGCAACUUAGA